CUAAAUCUUAUUUUUUCUUGGUUUGUCUCUCUCUCUUGAUUAUGAAGUUCUGCUCUGCAGAGAAUGACCAAGAAAAACAGGUGUACAUAGUAUACCUUGGUGCACUUCCUGCUCUCGUUAACUAUGGACCGUUGGCUCAUCAUACAAGUGUCCUUCAAAAGGUCACCGGAAAAAGCUCUGUUGAGCAUCGCUUCGUGACGAACUAUAAAAGGAGUUUCACCGGUUUUUCGGCCUGGCUAACUGAAUCAGAAAGAGACCAAGUUGAACGUAUGGACGGAGUUGUGUCGGUGUUUCCGAACAGGAUACACCAGCUCCAGACGACAUCGUCUUGGAACUUUCUCGGUCUCAAGGAAGACGAAAGAGCACACUCAAACUCAACCACCGAAAGCAAUAUCAUCAUUGGAGUCAUUGAUACUGGAAUCUGGCCAGAAUCGGAAAGCUUUAGCGAGAAAGGCUUUUCUCCUCCUCCUAAGAAAUGGAGAGGUGCUUGUGAAGGCGGCAAAAACUUCUCUUGCAACAGCAAGCUUAUUGGAGCACGGUACUAUGGGAUGGAGUCAGCCAGGGACAACGAUGGCCAUGGGUCACAUACGGCAUCCACUGCUGCUGGGAACGCUGUGAAGCAUGUGAGCUUUUACGGACUUGGAAACGGAACCGCCAGAGGUGGCGUUCCAGCCGCAAGAGUUGCAGUGUACAGCGUAUGUGAUAUUCAAGGGUGCAGAGCUGAUAGAAUUCUAUCUGCAUUUGAUGAUGUAAUAGCAGACAACGUUGAUCUCAUCAGCAUCUCCAUCUCUCCGUUCACUAUUUUACGAUUCGAGUUGGACCCAAUCGCGAUUGGAGCUUUCCAUGCCAUGGCCAAGGGAAUCCUCACAGUGAACUCCGCUGGAAACAGUGGUCCAGCGCGUGGAACGGUCAGAAGCGUUGUACCAUGGAUCUUGACCGUUGCUGCUAGUAACACGAACCGCGCGUUUGUCACCAAAGUUGUUCUUGGAGAUGGCAAGACAGUUGUCGGGAAAGCAGUGAACUCGUUUGAACUUAACGGAACAAUGUACCCUCUGGUGUACGGAGGAUCAGCUUCAAACACUAAGCGUGUAAAAGGAAAAAUUGUGCUAUGCAACUCUGCUCAAAAUUCAGAUGAAGUUCAAUCUAAGGGAGCCGUCGCGUCCAUUGUUAAGAGCAGCAAAGUAGAUUACGCCUUAAUCUUCUCUUUUCCAGUCUCGGUCCUCUCGGAAGAGGACUAUAACUCUGUCCUCUCCUAUAUGAACUUGACAAAAAACCCUAAAGCGACAGUUCUGAAAAGUGAGACGAUCUUUAACCAGACAGCUCCCAUCACUGCAUCCUACUCUUCUCGUGGUCCAAACACUCUCAUCCCUGAUAUCUUGAAGCCGGAUAUAACAGCACCAGGAACAGAGAUCCUUGCUGCUUAUUCUCCUAUUGCUCCACCGAGCGAAUCAGACACAAGACGUGUAAACUACUCUAUCAUUAGCGGAACUUCAAUGUCUUGUCCGCACAUUGCUGGUGUAGCCGCCUACCUAAAGACGUUUCACCCACGCUGGUCUCCUUCCAUGAUCCAAUCAUCCAUCAUGACUACGGCUCAGCCAAUGAAUACCUCUACUUCUCCGGCCGAUCAUAUGGCUGAGUUUGCUUAUGGAGCUGGCCAUGUCAGUCCAAUAGCCGCAGUUCACCCUGGACUUGUCUAUGAACUUACUAUAUCCGACCAUGUCACCUUCCUUUGUGGCUUGAACUACACGGGAAAGAGUUUAAGACUCAUUUCGGGUGAAAACAGCAGUUGCAGUGAAGAACAGAGCCAAUCAUUACCAAGAAACCUCAACUACCCUUCCAUGACGGCUAAAGUCGCAGCAACAGAACCAUUCAACCUGACUUUUCGUAGAACAGUCACAAACGUCGGUACGGCAAAGUCGAAUUACAAAGCCAAAGUAUUCGGAGGAUCAAAACUCACAAUCAAGGUCGUUCCAGAUUCCUUGUCUCUGAAGUCUAUGUACCAGAAGAGGUCUUUCACGGUUACGGUUUCAGGCCAAGGUCCCGAAGCUGACAAACUUGAGUCAGCACAGUUGAUAUGGUCUGAUGGAGCCCAUUCUGUGAAAAGCCCUAUCGUUAUUUAUGCUACGAACUAAUGUGUCAAAAUCAGUGGAUAUGUCUCUACAAAACUAUGAUUAAUAAUAACAUUUAUGCUACGACUACGAACUAAUGUGUCAGAACCAGUUGGUAUCUCUAUAAAACUAUAAUUGAA